UAUCAUCCCGAGACCAGCACCCCUCACAUGCACAAGCGAAAGAAGUUGAUCUUAUGCUUCGAUGGAACAGGGAACAAAUUCAAGGGGAACGACGGGGACACGAACAUCUUGAAGAUAUUCAGGAUGUUGGAUCGGUCGGGGAACGAUCAGUGUAUGUCGUUUUGUUGUUGUUGCUGCCUAAGUGAAACUUAUAGACGUUUGGUUCCUGGGAAAAGGCAAGGAAGUGGGAUAAAUGCUGACUGAAUGAUCACGUGGGCCCUCGAUCGAUCGCGUGGUGCGAGAUAGUUCAUUAUUAUCAACGUGAGUGUAACAGUCUCACCCUUUUCUCCUUUUUUUUCUUUCUUCUUUUUUCCGCAGAAAUGCCACAAUGGUUAUGGUAGAUAUUAAUAAAGUAACGUGAUGAUAGCCGGAAUAGGCACAUACAUCACAAACGGGACGUUAUCGCGAGUGCGCCUCGGAUCACGCCUUAAAUCCUGGUAUCAAAAAGCCCUGGACGCAGCUGUUGGGUAUGAGCUCCCCUCGAUCUCGAUUCGAGAAUUCAACAUCCGUGGUAGUCUACAUACCGGAAUGCCGGGGGAAGACUAACGCCCGUGGAUUAUGUAAUACCGAUAGUACAUCUUUCGAUCAACAUGUGAUAGGGGGGUACAAGUUCCUGAUGCGAUUCUACGCACCAGGGGACGACAUCUAUCUAUUCGGGUUCUCACGCGGGGCCUACACCGCGAGGUUUCUGGCGGAAAUGCUGGACCAUGUCGGUCUCGUUUCGCAGGGGAAUGAGGAGAUGGUUAUGUUCGCCUGGAAGACCUUCUCGAAUUGGCAGCAGAGGAAGGAUGGGGUGGGAUGGGGUGCCCGGAAGCAGGACAUGUACAAGUGUGUCGCCAUUCAAGCGAGCAACGUCUGUGCAAAUUAUUGACAAUGAUCGGGGGGAUAGUUACAUGCGAGCUUUCCGGGAAACUUUCGCUAGACCGGUACGCAGGGUUCAAUUUCUGGGACUAUUUGACACGGUGAAUUCGGUUCCUAGGUUUGAGAACGCAUGGUUGAAGAGGUCCGCUGGGUUCCCUUAUACCGCUAGAAGUGCUUCCCCCCCUUCGUCCCACCUCUUCACAUUUUGAGCCUCACACUAAUGGGCGGGUAGGUACUGCCUUAGUAAUCCGCCACGCAGUCGGUAUUGACGAACGUCGUGCCAAGUUCCGCCAAGACCUUGUGGAGAAAGUCGACAUAAAAGAGAUGGCCCGCCGCCGCUCCUUCAGGACCGAACAUCUGAUAAAGUCUGCCCUAGGCCACCGCCUCGCCUCCAAAUCGAAUAAGAAUAACAACAAAAGUAGCCACCCCUGCCAAAACGGCGAUUCCGCCAACGCUGGUUCGAAAUUGCAACGAUUCUCAGGGAGCCGGGAAGCGCUGAGUAUCACCGGAAAUGGCGGUGAUGGCGGGAGCCUGAUGAGUUUGAACAUCCAUAUUGAAAGCGACUCGGACGACGGGAACGAGAAGGCCGAACAGGAUAUCGAGGAGGUUUGGUUUCCCGGUGCGCACGGUGAUAUCGGUGGCGGGUGGGAUUUACCCGACGGGGAGGAACCCUUGUCGCAUGGGCCGUUGGUUUGGAUGGUUGGUCAUGCCCUCCCUUCGCACUUCGGGUCGGGUGAUAAAGCAUGACCAACAUGUAAUAAUAGGUCCACGAAGCGCGCAAAGCCGGCGUGGUAUUCGAUAAAGAGCGCAUGAAGCAGAUGAACGUCUGGCUAGACGAGUUUGAGACCGAAGAGCGGGAUCCCAAAGUGCCCGAGGCCCCGAUAAAUCCCGUAACUAGUGGCGAUGGGAUACCGAAGAUUGAGGUAUCGUCAACCUCUUCCUCGGCGGAUAACCUGAUGCAAACCCCCCAGCAGCAGCAACAACAGCAACAGCAGAGCGCAAACCUCACCCCAACACCCACCAAUGGUAUACACUCUAACACUCGCACCCCAACACCAGACUCGACCUCUCCAAAAGCGGCAGAGCCAAAGACAUACCUACUAAACUCCUACACCCGCGGCAAAAUCCACGACUGCCUCUGUUAUCCCUCCGGUGGUCUCUCCCUGGCCGGAACCCUCGGCUGGAAAUUGAUGGAGUACCUCCCCUUCCGCAGAAUGGACUUGCAGCCCGACGGGUCCUGGAAGCCCAUUAUCUGGCCGUUGCCCUGCGGUGAGGUCCGCGAUAUACCCGAAACGGUCAAAAUACACAAUAGCGUGAUCAGGAGGAUGAGGGCGGAUGAGAGGUAUCGGCCUGGGAACCUGAUUAUUGGAGGGGGCGGGAGGGGAGUGAGAAGGGCACCGGAGAAGGCUGGGAUUGGCGAGUGGGAGGUGUUGAGGGAGGAGGGAAGUCUGGUUGGCGAGGUGCUUGUCAAGAAGAAGGCUGCGGAGGGGUUAGUUGAGAAGGGGUUGGUUGAAACCCCUUGAAUAAAUAAAUUAUAUACAGUACAGUCGCACCUCGCUAUCCCGGACGGCCAAAAUCCGAAGAAUUUGUCCGGUACAGCGAGGGGUCCGGGACAGCGGGUGAGGUUUUGGUGGAAAGAAAUUC